CACUAAAAAUAAAUCCCCUUUUGCUGGUGGGGUUGAGCUCUGCACCCCCCCCCACUCACAUCCCAACAUGGAAAGUGGGGCACAGGUCCCCCCCAGUGCAACCCGCAGGUGGGGCUCAGCGGAGGCUCCCCGCUCAACUCUGCUCCUCCGUCGUGUCGGCGAUGCCCAACACCUCCGCCUCCACCGCCUCCAACCGCUCUCGGUGAAUUCCCCUCCCCGUCCACCUGACGCCUCCCAGUUCAGCCCAGUUCAGCCCAGUCCCGUCCGCUGCGCACCUCUGGCUCCACUCCCAGCUUUGGCACCGCCGGCUGCGGAGGUUCCUGCCCUGCUGGGGUUGACUCAGCCUUAGGGCUGCGGCAGCAGCGGGCACCGCGCGGCCCAUGGCCCCCCCGCAGCCCUGGGCGAGCCCCCCCCCGAGCCCGCAGCACCCAUGGAGCUGGAGCCGGGACCCGAGGCGCUGCUGGACCUCAGCUUCCUGACCGAGGCGGAGCGCUGCGCCAUCGCCGAGGUGCUGCACCGCGAUGCUCUGCUGCGCCGCGCAGAGGAGGGGCGAGUGAGCAAACUGCGCCAGUCCGUGUCGGACCCAAUGCGCCUGCGGACCCUGACAGGGGAAUGGUUCUGCCACGUCCGCGCCCAGCGCCACCCCAACCUGCUGGGAUCCGACCUGGUCCGUGUGUCCAUCCGGCGCAGGAGGCGGCCGUGGGGAGCAGCAGAGCUGGAGCGCAGGCUCAGCCAGUGUGAGCUGGAGGCCAUCAGGGAGAAAGUGCUGGAGGAGAAGGAGGAUGAGGAGGCAGUGCGGGAGGAGAGCCCCAGUGAGGAUGGAGCCCUGGCAGCCACAGAGCCUCAGCCCAAAGCCACUGCCCAGGAAGGGACCACGGUGUCACCAUCUCUGCAGCAGGGUGAUGUCCCAGCAGGGGGACGGGACGGCUGCAGACAGCCAGGUGAUGUGGGGCUGCAGGGAAAAUCGAUGGGGAUUCAGGGAAAAAGGGGACUUCCCUCUUCCUAUAUCCAUUCCUUGCUGUGUUGGGACCCCCACCCACAUGGUGCCCUCGCAGGUGACAGAACGGAUGGGAGCCCCUUUGGCACCUCCAGUGUGGAGGAGGAGGAGGAGGAGCCCAGCCCUGCACACAGCAGUCCUGGUGUUGUACAGGCCGCCCCCUCUCCUUUUCCCCCGCAGAGCACGGAGCGCCCCCCGGACGGACGGACAUCCCCUGCGGACAGCCGCGCUCCUCCGGGCGCCGCGCUCAGCAGCAGCUCCUCCAUCUCCAGCCUCAACUCCUCCACGCUGAGCGGCAGCCUGCUGAGCCUCUACAGCGACUGGGAGCUGCGCCGGGUGCCGGUGCGGGGCUGCGUUCAGUUCUCACUGCGUUACGAAGCGGCCGCUCAGGAGCUGCGGGUGCACGUGGUGCGGUGCCGGCAUUUGGCCGAGGCCAAGAGGCAGCGCUCCGACCCGUACAUCAAGACCUACCUGCUGCCCGAUAAAUCCAACCGCAGCAAGCGCAAGACCUCGGUUCGGAAGCGGAGUUUGGACCCCGUCUUUAACGAGACCCUGAAGUACAACGUGCGCAAGGCGGAGCUGCGGGGCCGGACGCUGAACGUGUCGGUGUGGCACCACGACGCGUUGGGUCGGAACCUCUUCCUGGGAGAGGUGGAGGUCCGGCUGGGAGAGUGGGACUGGGCCAACACGCAGCCCGAGUGGUUCGACCUGCAGCCCCGCACCCCCAUACCCCCAGACAGCCUCCCCAACCGAGGUCACCUCAACCUGGCACUCAAAUUCAUCCCCGCCGGCUCUGAAGAUUUGGGGCAACCACCUACAGGUGAGCUGCACAUCUGGAUUAAGGCAGCACAGGACUUGGUCCCGCUGCAUGGCAGCACUGUGGAUGCCUUCGUGCAGUGCUCUGUGCUGCCUGAUGACAGCAAGGCCGGCCGGCAGAAGACGCGGGUGGUGAAACGCAGCCUCAGCCCCAUCUUCAACCACACCAUGGUGUACGAUGGCUUCCAGCCCCACGACCUGGCCCAGGCCUGCGCUGAGUGCACCCUAUGGCACAGGGAUGCCUUCGCCAAGAGGCAGCUGGGGGGGCUGCGGCUCAGCCUGGGCACGGGGAGCAGCUACGGGCUGCCCGUGGGCUGGAUGGACUCGACGGCGGAGGAGCGGGCGCUGUGGGGCCGAGUGCUGCGGGAUUCCGGGCGCUGGGUGGAAGCGCUGCUACCGCUGCGCACCGACCUGGUGCCGCGCAGCGCACCGUGAGCGCAUGGGGAUGGGGGGGGGGGGGUCGCGCUGUGCCCCGCGCACACGGGGCGCCUUGGGCCGCAAUGAAGCACGGCGCGCUCUC